UCUCUCUCUCUCUGUAGUCGGUGAGGAUGCUGAAAGAUAAAUUUAGCCCUCCAGCUCUCCUUCCAUCUGCUGCCACAUGGUUUAGGGCCGUUACCAUAGGAACCACCGCUGGGUGCCCAUUAGUGUGAGAGGAGGAAAUUGAUAAGAUUUUUUAAAAAGCCAUUUAUACAAUAUUCUCUUUCUGCGCGCGGUGUGUGUGUGUGUGAAUAGAUGCAACAUUUCAGUUUUUGGAGUUCACUUGAGGUGAUGUGUUUCAGCACCUGCAGAUUUGCAGCCAACUCUGCAGAUCGUAACUGAAUGCACACACUGCACAUACAUCAGCAAAUGUGUUUCAUAUUAGCCCACACAGAUUUUGGGGAUGUGCACUAAAUGCCAUAUGUAUUUAUACUGUACACAUUUCUCAUAUCACCGCCUAAUGGCCUUAUGGGAAACUUUUUUUCUCUCUCUCCGUGGGAUAGGCUAAUGUUCAUGGAGGACGUUGGCCCAGGUGUGAUUAGUAAUAUUAAUGAUGGCGGCAUUACAUUAAGGUGUUGCGGUUCCAUGAAUCUAGUAUUGUUCGCACUGAGUCACUGGUAUGGCUGACUGGAACACCAUAAAAGGAACAAAGCCACGAAUUGUAUUAGAUUUGUCAGAAUGUCUGCGGAGAAAAUGGUCCGUUGUGUUUUGGAAAAAAUGUCCGACAGUGAUUUAAAAAGCCACUCCACCUCGUUAGCUUUAUAACAUUGUCAGGAGUAUCUUUUAUUCCGCGCUUUCUUGCCAAAACCUUGCCUACAUUACCCACAAUGCAACUCGACUGCCGACAGUGAGGUAAAAGAGUUAAUAGUUCAGCUAAUGUAGCCUCGAGCGUCUAGACUCCACACCCCCAGAUUAUUUUUCAUUCUCAAACUUUUAGUCUUAAUCCCCAACCAAGGCGGACUCGGGUGAUGUCACUUGAGGCAAGGUAUCCGAUUUCGCACAAUUCUUUCUGUAACCUCAAAAUGCUUCAUACAACUAGUUUCACAUAUGCUGAUCGUUUACUUCCUGUGAACAAACUUUGUAUACAAUCAGUGGAGUUCCUCUUUUAGGAGGAGAUGUGUUGGUAUUUGAUGGAUUGUAGCUAUAGAUGGACGUUGGUAUUCUUACUAAAUAUAUAGUAAACGUGUGUGCCUUUUUAAUUAACACUGAGGACGUUACACCCAGACGUGUAAUGAGGAGAGCCUUCCAACAGUUCACCUAGAGAGACUCAUUGAGGCCGGGGUUCAUAUGCACCAUAAGAGGUGCAAAUGAACAGUCUGAAGUUAAAUCUGGAAUAAGUGUGACACGUGCAAGUGUGAAUGAGCAGAUGCGUUGCAUGAUUUUAAAGAGUGUCACUUGGUCUUAGUUGCCAGUUUUGUCCUGUAAGUGCUCAAUCUGAAAUGUUUUUCCCUCUGGUCAUUGUCACCCUCAGGCAGAGUGUGCGGGGGCUCCGAGCGUCUCACGGUCUGAACUCUGAGUCUGACUCUCCUUCAAAAGCUUUUAGUCCGGUUACAUUACCGGUCGGACGUACAUUUAGCACUUGUAGUCUCACUGCAGGAGAUGUUAAGAUGGAUAAAAGGUGAUGUUGGUUUAAUAUUCAUCCAAUACACGCACCCACAAGUUAAACCAAAGACGGUUAUCCACCUGUUACCAGUAAUUUGGAUAUAAUCCAGCAGCUUUGCCGUCUUCCACCAGAACGUGGGUGUAGAAACCAGCUGGUCCGUGCGUGGGAUGCCUUGUUUACUGUGUCAGUAUGCUGGCACAAAGUAACAUUGGGAGUUCUCUUCAGUAUCUCAACUCACACCACCUUGUGUAUGCACUCACAGCUAACAGCCGACCCUUACCUUUUAUUUGGCUUGGCUUUUUUUUCAAGUAUUUAAAAGAUUCAUACACUAUUAGGUAAUGAAGCAGACCUCCAUGUCCUCUAAUGUGGCAGUACUGUACAUGAGCACUGUCUGAUGAUUAUCAUUUUGAAUGAAGUGUGGUUUGAUAAUGGAAGACGCAACAUGUCAAACAUGCAGUAUUCAUUCGAGCAUGCUGAGACACUGUGCCAGGUUCACGUGCCACAGUCCCUUAGUUAAUCCCAGUGCAAUUAAUUAUGCAAAAAAAACUUUAUGCACGGCAACUCCAGUCAGUCUUGAAAGAUUUAGAAAAAAACAAUAUUGCUAAAGCAUCAAAAUAAUAAUAAUAUUCUUCAUUGGGUAUCGUUUUUCCCAUGCAGAAUUUUUACACCGAAAUAUUACAUAAACCAUUCUAAUUUAACAGUAUUCAGCAGCCGUGGGAAAGUGAGAGCUCAAUGUUAUGACACAUACAGUGAUUAUGUAACAUAUAACAUAAAUAUCUAUAUUUGGCCAGCGGGAGGGUCAGAGGGUUGUCUGUGUUUCCAAGUUGAAUUGAAUGCACUGUUUUAUAUAAUGAGUUUGUUUGUCUUCACAGAUCUUCAUGUUGAGAAGAGUGAAGAAUCCUAAAUUCAGUUAACUGAGCAUCCGACUGUGUGGCAGCAGGACUGGCCGAGUGCUUCACGAUGGGCUACUUUAAGUUUGCAUGGCAGAGGACUUCCUCCACAGCACACGACAUAUCACGGCUGCGUUCUCUGAUGCCGCAGUUCUACAUUUGAUGGCAUCAUUCUUCUGUCGAGCCAUAAAGUCCAAGCAAAACAAGUGGGGAUUAUGAAGUCAACCGAAGUGGAUGUAAUUUAAUAGAAUUCACUCACAUUCAACCCAUUCUCCAGUUAAUGAUUCGGCUUGAACUCUGUAGCCUGACACAGGCGGACGCAUCCCACGUGUCUACCUGAGGCUGUCCUUCCAUUUUAUGGAGGCCUCGCAUAGUCGCCUGACGACUGGGGAGCAGUCCGGAGGUCAAGAGCAUUGUCAGCCAGAGUCUCCUCACCGAGGGCCGCAGCCCAAGUCUCCCUCCCAGCCCCGGCGGCAACAGCAAACUGGCUCCCCAAAGCCCCGUGGCACACUGCAGCAACCCAAACAGUCCAGAAGACAGAAUCCUGAGCGUAAACGUCUCAGGCACCAGCGGCAGAGCGUUGACUCCGACGCAGCACUGGAACACAAUCAUGAGGCAACAAAAGCUACCACAGCUUCUAGUUUGUCGCCAGGCUCGCCUUCCUCAGCAGGUGGCCCCACCCAGUCCAAACCCGAAACCCAGGACGGCACCCCGAAACAAAAACGUGAGCGCAAGCCUCAGAGACCGGGCAAAUAUGUCUGCACUUACUGCGGCCGUGCGUGUGCAAAGCCGAGUGUCCUACAGAAACAUAUUCGCUCACAUACAGGGGAAAGACCUUAUCCCUGCGCCCCAUGUGGCUUCUCUUUUAAAACCAAGAGUAACUUGUACAAACACCGCAAAUCGCACACCCACAGGGUGAAGGCAGGUCUGGCACUUGGGGAGAAGAGAACUUUGGAAGAGCAAGUCACCGAGUCAGAAGAUGAAACCAGACAGCUUGUAUCGGCGUCUUCCCUUGCAGAAAGACAAAGCAGUGUAGCCUCAAUCAAGAGUCAUGAAACGGACAGGGCCAAAGAUUGCACCGGAGGAAACGAUGACUCUCUUGCAGUGAAAAAGAGACUGGCCAUGCGUCUGAGUCGAGGAAAACAUGGUCCUCGAGACUUAUCUGAUGAAAAGACUUCCUCUCUAAUUUUAGGGAGUAAAGGCAGUACAGAAUCAGGCUAUUUCUCUCGCUCUGAAAGUACUGAGCAGUCACAGGACAGUCCCCCGAACACAAGUGCCAAAAGCUAUGCAGAGAUCAUCCUCGGCAAAUAUGGGCGUCUCGGACACCUACAAAGGAUGUCCCGGCAACAUAACCAGCAGCCCUCUGGUCAGGAGGACAAAAGCAUCACAUUCACAGUCCCUAAGAAGCAGGUCAUCGAUCAUAUCACCAAGCUCAUCACUAUCAACGAGGCAGUGGUUGACACCAGUAAAAUUGACAGUGUAAAGCCAAGGAGAUUCUCACUCUCCAGGAAGAAUAGUUCAGAGUCACAAAAGAGUUCCUCUGUGAAAGAUUCAUUAAUUCACAGCCCUAAAGCUGGAGAUCUGGGCUAUAAAAACAGUGGCUCCAUCACCAUGGGAGUUCCAUGUGAAAAAUUUCAUCAUCCAUCCCUAAAUGUGGAGCGGCCAGCUGGCCAAACAUCCACUGCCCCUUUGCUGAGAAGUCACUCAAUGCCAUCUGCAGCAAGUUCAUUUGACGCCUCCACUGGUGGCCUCAGCAAGUUCCGCUUAACUCAGUCCUUUGAUGAACGACAGCCCUCUGAAACGCCGGCAUCCCGUCCUUACCGGAUGCUGAGACGUCAGCCGGCUAUUGAAAUCCCGCUCGGUGCUGAACUAACAAAAGAAGGACAAGAGGGUUCUCGUUCACUUUACCCUGACAGCGUCACCACUGUGCCUGACCACAAGCAAAGCCAACCGCAGCCAUAUGAGUGCGAGGCCUGUGGCACUGGAUGCAAAGAUUGGGAGGGUUAUAAGAAACACAAGAAAAGCCUGUGCUUAGCACAACAUCCCAAAAAUGAGGUGGUAAUUAGUCAAACGGGGUGCUCACAGCUAAUUAACCAUGCAGUCAGAGCAGGAACUUCAGCAAUGCGCAAGAGAAGGAAAGAAGAGAGUUUUGAAUUUGAUGAUCCCUCUUCUCCUUCAUUGCCUUCUCCUGCCCUCUUGUCAGGACCGUGUAAAGACGAUGUGUCUUAUGAGGGGCCCAGAAGACCUACACUACAAACCUGUUCAGUAAUUCAACACACUCGUUCAUUUGAAAAACAGGAAUCUUUUUGCAAUGAUAGUCAAGGCACCGAGGUAACAAAAAACUCUCCACCUCAUGAAGAAUAUCAACCAGUGCCUCAGAAACAGCCCCAGCAUUCGACAAAACUAACAGCUCGAAAGCUGGUCCUCCAACACAGCGUGCAGGUCCCGGAAAUACUGGUUACAGAGGAUUCCAACAUGAGCGCAUCCACCUCGAUAGAGCCAACGUCCACGGUAAAACAUUCAGAGAAACCUGAUGAAUUUCAGUGGCCACAGAGAAGCCCCUCUCUGGCCCAGCUCCCCAUUGAAAAGCUUCCUCCAAAGAAGAAGCGCUUACGUCUCGCCGAGGCUGCCCAAUCCUCAGGGGAAUCCAGUUUUGACUCCAUAUCACUUCCUCGCAGCCCUAGUCAGGACAGUAGUGCAUCUUAUGCAUCUAGUCGUUCCACAUCCUUCGAAGAGUCAAAUAGACCAGACAUGGAGAUCGCAGGAUCAGCACCACUGAGGAGAUCGAGAGCUCCUCACAUGUUGACGGUGCCUGGGGUGCAUCAGCACAGAGAGAUGAGGCGCUCGGCAUCAGAGCAGGCGCCUCACGACCCACUACCGAGUGUCCUCAUGGCUGAGACCCGCAGUAAGUCUUUUGACUACAGUUGUCUGUCCCCUGAGCGCUCCGCAGUUGGCUGGAGGGAAAGACGAAAGUGUCUCCUCAUGAGACACACUGCAAUCAGAGAUCCAGAUGAGGAGGAGGAGGAGCAGCAGCAGUGUGCCAUGCCGAGCCGUAGUCCCGAACAUGUCAGCUCCACCACGUCUUCUAAAGCGAGCCCGACUUCUGCGUACUGCAGCAGGUCCCCUACCUCCCCUUCAUCAGGUGACACAGUCUUGCGUAAUCCAGUAAGACUACAAGGCAAAGAGAUCUUCUCUCAGUGGAAACUCAGUCAAAAUAUUCAGUUGACGGGCAGCACAGAACUCGCAUGUAUAGAUCCUGUAAAAGAAGAGGCCUCACACAUCCAUACAGAGCAGCCGCCUCCUCAAGCGCCGCAACCCUAUCCUACACAUGGACCAUCAGGGGCGGCCAGAGCUCACUAUCUCCCCAUGUCUACAGGGCUGAAGCUAGAGAUUCCCUUACUACAUGAUGAUUAUUCAGAGGUUCGAGUAAAUCCCUCCCACAUCCAGCACUCUGUCCCUCACAUCACUUCCAGUCUGGAAGUCCUGAGGCCGGUCCCAUCUCCAGCUGUGGCGGUGCGUCUCCAAACAGACACACUCACCCUAGCGUGUGCCAUAUACACUACAUUCUCUCAGUCCACCACCCCCAGGCCCCAGGAGGCGGUUGAUGCUGUUCCACACGAUAUGGGCAACCCAACAGCUGAAUACAGAAACCAUAGGAACACAAGUCCAGACCCUCAAUUGUGGUCCGACGAUGGCCUCAGGAUAUCAGGCCCAGGGGGCAACAAGCGCAUGCUUUCCCCUUCGAGCAGUAUAGAGCUCCCCCCUGAGUCGCAGCAGCAGCAGAAACGAGUGAAGGAAGAAGAGGAGGGGAAGGCGGGAUGUGUUGACAAGGCAUCAGUGGACACAUGCAAUCAGGAAGUCAAAAGGGAAAAUCAGACAUGUCUACCCAGUGUUUGUUCUCCCAUUGCACAUGUUGGCCCAUCGUACCCCAGUCUGCUGUCCAGCACCUGUAAUAGCUGGUGCUAUUUGAACUACAUUAAACCAAACCCGUCUACUCUGGAUGAACAGAAGCCCUCAGUGUAUUCGUCGUGGUCUACCAGCGGCUAUGACCCCAACCCACCUGGCCUCUCAAGCAAGACAGCUCUCUCUCUCCUGCACUGCAAGCAGAGGCUCAGUCCCUCCAUCUACACUGUAUCCCCCAUGACAGUCAGGACCACUGAGUCAAUGGAGCAAGAGGACAACAGAAGACCAUGCUCCACCGAGGUUUACAACAGCCAGUCGCACUGCAGAGACCACGAGGGAACAACGAAGGGGCCGCUGUCAGCAGAAGACGACGGGUCAGACAGAAAUGAAGAGAGGGAGGCUGAGAAGAAGAACGUGGAGGAGGAAGUACAGUCGUGCUCCAGAAAUAAACAACCUCCCGAAGUCUGGAUCUCUGAGAGAGGAUCAAAUGAGAAGUACGGUUUCGUGCACGGCGGAGGGGGAGGGAAGUGCCAGUGCGAGGACUGUGGAUUCCACCUGAAGAAUACCACGAGUGUGCUGCAAAAGUGCCCCCAUCGCAUCACAGAAUCCCCAGCAUACAACUGCAAACACUGCAACCUUUCUGUCAAAGCCAAAGGAAGCCUCAUUGAACACUUGACAUCUGAGUCCCAUGGAGAAGAAAUCUGUUGUUACCCAGACGGCACAGAUGAAGGAGUCUGUGAAGAACGUCCUCUUCACCCAGAUGAACAAAAAGAUCCUCGGUACUCCGAUCGGGGGAAAAGUCGACAUGAUGAGGAUGACAAUGCCAGGGACAAAGAUGGCCGAAAAGAUGGAGACGACAGGUCCGAGGUGGCUGAAAGCUCUCGCACUGCCUCUUCUGAUGGUGAGAAAUCUCAUCCAGGAGGCCUGCCGAUGGAGCCUGAACCCAGCCGGUCCGUCCCGCUUUCCCCUGAGGGUUCGACCCAGAAGAGCCCGGCCGGCGCCAGGAGGGCCAUGUUCGCCCGCAGACGCCUUGACGCUUCAACAUCGGCGUCCUCCGGAGGCGGCUCCCACUCUCCAAGCGCUCAAUCCACAGAGAUGCCACAGAGGGAGCCGUCUCCACCACGCAGCUCGUCACCCAGACCUCCUCGCCAGACCCCCGCUCCCCCUUCCUCCCCCUCCUCACCCAGUUGUCAUGUCUCCACCUCCGCUCUGAGACCAGUCUCCCCAGUUAGAGGUCUUUCUCCUACAAUAGUCCAGUCCUCUGGGCCUCCAGGCUCCUUCGCUCCAUCUCAAGCUUGUCUUCACCUAAGAGACCGACCGUCUAACGCAAGACUGGCUGUGGAUGAGGUCGGUCUCAGCCACACCACCGCACAUCCCACGCGGCCCCGGGGAGCCCACACCCUGCUGAGUCACCUCCCUCUGCACUCCCAGCAGCCGAGCAGGGCCCCGAGCCUCCUGAUCCCCAUCGGGGGGAUUCACAUGAUCCAGCCCAGGUCCACCCUCCCCCUGUACAGCCUGGUGAGCAGCCCCAUAGCAGCCAUGGCAGGCCCUGCCGGGAGAUCCUGGAAGCUAAGUGACGCUCCGAAGGGGAGGUUUCCUCCAAUGCGGCGCCAAGAUACUCUCAAAGCGACGCCGCCCAGCAGCCGAGCCGGCCCGCCGGACCCCGAGGCGUUGGGGGGAACGUCCGGGAGCGGCCGACCGGACGCUUCAUUGCACAGAAACAGUCGAGGUUGCUUCGGCGUCCAGCGGCCGUCCAGUGCCGGGACAGAGGCGGGGCAUCCGGAGGUCAUCACAGACGCACACGUUACAGAGGUGUGUGUUUACCCCGAGUCCACCCAAGGCCAAAAAAAGGCUCCUUCCUCCCAGACACAACUCUGAUAGGAGGGAGAGUCUGAAGGGACAGUGCAAAAGACUGAGAACCAGAGCCUGUUGCUAAAACACGGCACUGGCUCGGAGACCGAGGACAAAAAGGCAAGAGCACUUCAGCACCGCUUCUGAAUGACGCUGUUAUGUAAUUAUAUGAAUAACAUAUAUAGACACUAUGUUAGAUAUGCAGUAUGUUUUGUAAAUCUUUUUUUACCCUCUUGUUUGAUGUCAUCGGUGUUAAUUUAUUUAUGUGCUAUUAUGCAAAUUCUGUACUAUAUGCAAAAGCAGCUGGAAUGAAAAUAGACAAAGUUUGAAUCAGUUUCCCUAUUAACCCCUUUGACAGCUCUACUAUACUAUUGCUGUGUUAAUGUACUGUAUUACCAAAAUGGAUAUGGAAAGGUACCACAAAUAUUUAUUCACCCCGACCAGUAUUUUGAAGUGCAAUUUUAUGUCGAGAUUGUGGUUUGAAAUGUCAUUCUUAAAAGGCUGUGAUUAUUAUUAUUUUGUCCGUUUUUUGUUGUUGUUGUUGUUGUUUUUGUUCAAAGAAGCAGGGUUAUGAUCACCUCCUUUUCUAAUGUCUUCAGGAAAAGAAGUUUCAGAUGAAGACAUUUGGAGUGCACUGACAAAUAAUUUGAUAUCCAGAGGAAACCUGUUUCGCGUACAUGGUAGCUACGGUACAGUUCUUUUCAUAAAACAGAUACAUGUAUUUUUGUGUUGUUGCUUUUAUAAAUGAUACAAUCACUCUGUCAUGUUCAUGUUUACCAUUAAACUUCUCAUUUUUACAGAUUUAUAUUAAAACUGUGUUCCACGUGUGUUUUUUUUUCAUUAUUCAAUGUGAGCAACACAGAGCUACAGUUGUUGUGCAAAUAACACCAACAACUCUUUUUGGGUUAAACUGACCCUUUAAAGAGCUUUAAAAUAAAAAAGCCUUAUUUUGUUUUCCUGAAAGCUGCAGAUACUGAAUGUGGCACCUCCCUGUGGCUGUGGUAGGAUUGUAAUUGAUGUUGAAAUUCCACCUCUUAGAAUGGAAACACCUUUUCGAAAAAACAAUGUCGUAGCCUGCCUUGAUUUAUUCAACUAUUUAUUUUAAUUGUGUGGCGCUUUACUGUGUCAUUAUUUCCUCUCCUUGUGCUGAUUUGGCCGUGAAGGCAGCUCGCCUUUGUUUCCCAGAGCUGAAGGUGUCACAUGUGACCACUGGGUGGCAGUAGAAAGCAACUUUAGGUUCAUCUGCGCUCACGCUGCCUGUGUGCUGGAAGGGAUGACGUCACACACUGAAGGUAUCAGACCAAUCAUCCAGCAGAUAACAGACGUACAGCAGCAAUAAUCCGAUAGAGGGUACUUUCACAUUUAUAUUUCUAAGGAGAGACACUAUAGGAAAAAACGUUUUUUUCAUGAUCUGGUGAAUUUUGAGAUUCUGGGUUGUUUUGCAUCUUCUUUCAGACUAAUGGAAAGAAAACAUCCAACAUACACAUUAAGGUGUUUAUUACUACUUUGUCUGUUUGUGUCGGCAGAUUUCUCCUAAAUUCUAAAUUCACCAAAAGAUAGAUAUAGCCUCAUUUACAUAUUUAAACAACUUGUAGUACAAAGAAAUAACAUCCUUAAUGUUAACCCUAUCAUGGGUGUCACCUUACAUUCGCUAGGGAAUUUUUUUUAUUAUUCUUUUUUAUCAUUCACUUAUUGUUUUAUGACAACAGCACUCUACAAACAGCUGUCCCUUUGUCGGAUGCCUUCUGGCUCCACAGGAACAACAAGGGCCAAAGACUCCCUUUAAAUUGUGUUUCAUUUACACAAUGAUAUGAUGACAGACAAUUAUUAACUAAACACCGUGACGUGUUUCCAAAGUCAGACUGCCGUGACAAGGUUCACUAGAAGAGGAGAUCCAAUCAAUAUAAUCAUAAUCAAGAUGGGAAACCAAACUGGGCAUCUGUAUCAGCAGGAUGACUUCUGUAUAUCAGAGAGUUUUAUUAACUUUACGUUGCUGCUGUUGUUACAAGUUCACCUUAAUAAAUUAUUCUGAACUCAAGAUUCACUUUUUCCUGAGCUUUUGACCAUAUACCAUGGGCUUCGAUAAGUGGAGGGAACCUGCACCGUUGUCAUCACAACACUGAAAUUACAUAUUUAGGUCACAUGGUGGUCAUAUAUGAAGGGGGUCAUAACCCCUGACACCUGAGCAAGCUCUAUUCAUCCAAGAAGGCCAUGGAAUACAACUGAAAGCUAAUAAGUGGACCUUGACUUUAUUUUAUCACAGAUAUUUUUUU